CGGCGGGGCGCCCAAGAUGGCGGCGGUUGUGUCCCCCUUCAGCGGGGUCCUGCAGCUCACCGACCUGGACGACUAUAUCGGGCCCUCGCAGGACUGCAUCAAACCUGUCAAAGUUGACAAGAAGCCUGGGAAAGCGGCGGCCAAGAUCCGUAUUGAAGACGACGGGAGUUACUUCCAAGUGAACGAGGAUGGAGAAUCGCAGAAGCUCGAAAAAGCCAAAAUCACGCUCAACGACUGUCUGGCUUGUAGCGGCUGCAUCACGUCGGCCGAGAGUGUCCUGAUAACUCAGCAGAGCCAUGAAGAGCUCCACAAAGUGUUGAAUGCCAACAAGACAUCAGAUUCUGCUUCCCAGAAGCUGGUGGUGGUUUCUGUGUCUCCACAAUCCAGAGCUUCGCUGGCCGCCAGAUACAAACUGACUCCUUUAGACACUGCCAAGAAGUUGACGGGAUUCUUUAAAAAAUUAGGGGUGGCCUUUGUCUUUGACACAACUUUCUCCCGGACCUUCAGCCUCCUGGAGAGCCAGCGGGAGUUCGUGCGCCGCUUCCAGAGACGAGACGAUGACGGAAGGGCGCUCCCCAUGUUGGCUGCCGCCUGCCCAGGCUGGAUCUGCUACGCCGAAAAAACCCACGGGAGCUUCAUCAUCCCUUACGUCAGCACCGCCAAGUCGCCCCAGCAGGUGAUGGGGUCCCUCGUCAAGGGCCGCUUCGCGGAACAGCAGCACUUGAGACCUGACCAGAUCUACCACGUGGCCGUGAUGCCCUGCUAUGACAAAAAACUGGAGGCUUCCCGACCUGAUUUCUUCAUCCAGGAGCACCAGACUCGGGAGGUCGACUGCGUGAUCACCACAGGAGAAGUGGUGAAGCUGUUGGAUCAAGAGGGGGUUUCCCUUCCAGAUGUGGAGCCUGCCCCGCUGGAUGGCUUAUUCAGCAGCUCCUCUGAAGACGGGCUCUGUGGCCACGCCGGAGGCGGUUCCGGUGGCUACCUGGAACACAUCUUCAAACACGCAGCCAUGGAGCUUUUCGGGAUUCAAGUGGACAAACUGGAGUACAAGCCCUUGAGGAACAAAGAUUUUCAGGAGGUGACUCUGGAGAAGGAGGGCGAAACCCUGCUGCGCUUUGCCCUGGCGUACGGAUUCCGGAACAUCCAGAACCUGGUGCAGAAACUGAAGCGGGGGAAAUCGCCCUACCACUACGUGGAGGUCAUGGCUUGCCCUUCAGGGUGCCUGAACGGAGGAGGCCAGCUCCGGGCGGACCGUGAAGCCGGCAGAGACCUGCUGCGCGAAGUGGAGAGGCUGUACGAGUCGGUGGAGCCGGAAGAGCCCGAGAGGAACGAGGAAGUGAGCGCCCUCUACCGAGACUGGCUGGGGGGCCCCGAGUCAGAGCGCGCGCGCCGCGCCCUGCACACCCAGUACCACCCAGUGGAGAAGACGAACGCGGCCACGUUUAACAUCAAGUGGUGACGAGGGGCCGGCUCUAGCGCUGAGGUCCACGCUGCAGUUCCUUCAGGACAGCGUCUCGACUGCUGCCAGAGCAAGGGGAGAAGCCGGGGUCGGCAGCGAGGACGGAGAGCUCAGGCCGAUUUGGGUUGGGCUGGGGAAAGGGGAUUUCUCCCCUCCGGCCACAGCUGGAGACCUCAUGUCCUGCUUCGGCUCUCGAGCUGACGCUGUCAGAAAGCCUUCCUUUGCGGCUGUGGUUCGCACACGCGCCAGGGCAGCGCUGUGAAAAAAGGCACCCCUGCCUCCCCCAUGGGACAGGGAUACAAAGGGGACCGUUGCUUCGCUGUGCCCUUUCCCAGGGCCCCCAGGAAACUGGGCUGGAAGGGAACCCCCCUUUUUAUCUGACUUCCAGGUGAUGUUCUGCAUGCCUUCUCCCCCGGCAGAGUAAAUGUGUCCUCAGGAACUCAAGAGACUCUUGGGAAGAAAGGGUAGGGGAGAAACUAGAAGAGAGACACACUUGGGCGUCUGCUUCCUUCAUCUCCCCCUUCUCCCUUCCCCCUCUCAGCUUCUGCCCCCUCCUCUCUCUUUCUCUGGGCCACGCUCUCCUCCCUCUUUUCCGGUCGCUCUCAGAACUUGUCUCCUUUCCUCCUUGGUCAGGUCUCCUUCCUUGAUUCUUUCCCUGUCCUCUUUCUCCCUCCCACUCAGCCUCUCUCUGCUUGCCUUUCUCUUUUCUGCCUCCUCUCUUCUGUUUCUCAUCUCCUUUCUUCUGCGUCUCAUUUUCCGUUUCCCUAUCUUACUCUGUUUCUCUUCGUUUACUCCCACCCUCCCAUUAUUUCCCCCCCAGUUUGUCUACUUGCCCUCCCUUUUCUCUCUUUUUUCUGUGUUUCCCCUUCAGGCAACUGGCAGGCCCCAUUUUGUCUUUCUGUUCUCCUUCCUGACACGAGGGGGAGUGGGGAGAGAGGACCCAAGCCGGCCUCAUCCCUCAGCGUUUUCAAACAGCGCCCCAGAAAACUGCUGUCUGCCAUUUUGUUUUCUGUUCUAUUCAUUUCUGCUCCUGUUAAUAAAAAUUAUUUUUAAGUCCUGA